GUGAAGCAAAGCAGGAUGCAGUCACUGUACUGAACCUGUUUAGUUCUCUCUACACUUACAGUGAUUUACGAUGUUUUAACGUCAGAACAUGCAGAGCUUUGACAAUGUUAAGAUGCUCUAAUCUUCUGCUACUGCGUUGUCUUGUCAAUCAUAGUGGAACACCCCUUGUAGGAACGCACUCUAGUUCUGAGAGAGGAAAAAAGGGAGGCAACAUCAUCCUGGAAUGUGAACUAGAGAACAAUAAAAUUAUUAAUUUAAUCAGACGGUCAAAAAGCAUCCUUGAAUGUCAGAAUGAAAAAUGUGAGAAUAAGACUGAAAAUGUACAAGGAAUAUGUAAAGAAGGAGCCUGUGACAUCAUCAUCAAGAAUCUGAGCUUCAGUGACGCUGGGACAUACAUCCUGAGAUACAGUCACACAAAUGAUCCAACAGAGAAGGUGCAACAAAACGAAGUACAAACAAAAAAGUACCAACUUCAUAUUCAGGAUGAGGCUUCUGUGAAAAUCGGUGAGGAGCUGAAGUUGGAUGUACUGUCCAAUGCUCAUAAAGUGAAGCAUCAGAACAAACCCAGCACAGAGUGGACGGAGGUCUGGAGCAGAAGUGGUGGAGUUCAGAGCGAACGACUGACCGAUACAGAUGGAAUCCUGAGCAUUAAUAAUUUUACAGCCAGCGACGCAGGAACAUACAGAGUUCUAGACUCUGAAGGAGAAAUCUUGAUCACAGUAACAGUCACAGAACGUAGAACGGAAUCAAAGGAAGGACUAGACGGCACGGAACAACAUACUGUAGAGAAAUGGAUUGCGUCAGUUUGCGGCAUUCUGGUUCUGGCUGUGAUUGUGAUUGUGAUUACUGUCAUCAUAAGGCGACGUCGGCGCAGAGGUUACACAGAGGGGCAAGUACAGGAGAAUCCAGAUCCCCAGAACAUACAUAAUAAAUACCUAGACGCCUCAUUGGCCGCUCGACCGCACGUCAACGGCGCCGCCAUAUUGGUGCGGGCAACUCUCCAGAACUCUCAUACCGGGACAGAAGAAAACAUACCUGACUCAGCGGCAGCUUGGGCAUCUACAGACCGUCGCACAUUAAUAACAACAGAUCUCGGGGUAUUAUCUUUCACAGCCAACUGCAAACAGGACAAAGCAAGCCUUAAGGAAAGCUGAAGAAAGCAUGUUUCCUGCAUUUCCUAGAGACUAGGCUACACCUCCACAGCCUAAUGUUGUAUUUGUACUCGUUAAAACCCAGAAUAGCCCUGAAUGAAUGGCCAGAAUGACCCUGAUCAUAUUAAAACCACUCUCUCUCCCCGGAACAGACUUCCAGGAGCAUUUUUUAACCUUUGUAAGGGUAACUUUUAUAACAAUAUAAUUACCUUAUUAAAUGUUUCUGUUAUUUUUGUCAAAUAUUUAAAAAUAACCAGUUUUUUCAGUCAAUCACAAUACUAUAGACUGCAUUUUAAAUUAUUUACACAGGCUGUUUAAUGCUGAUCAUGUACUGUAUGUGCAUUUACACAAAAACUGCAUAAUGUAAAUAGCCUAGAAAUGAGAAACACAGGAACUCCUUAGUGAGUGAAGCUGCAAUAUCAUGACAAAAUCAUUGUUUAUUAUUGCUCUUUAUGUUGUAAUAAUGAUUAUUAAUUUUGAUUUAUAGAAAGUUUUUUUGGGGGCAUGUCAUAAUCUGGUCUGUGUUAAACAUAACUAUACUUUGACAUUUUGUUGUACAACGUAAACUGCACACACUCACACCCCAAACAUUCCUAUGUAGUAACAUAUAUUGAAAAAUAAACGACUGCUUCAAAAUGUGUUUUCUGCAUGGAUGUGUGUAAUUUGCAUUGUAGAGCAAAAUGUCAAGCUUUGUCAAGUUGUUUACAUUAUUUUACUCAUUCAUUGAAAAACCUCAUUAGAAAAUAUAGGAAAAUCUUGAGGGAAGCAGUGGAGAAUUAGUCUUUAUUAGUCAGGUUUUGUUGUCACAAUUAAUAUAUAUAUAUAUAUUAUAUAUAUAUAUAUAUAUAUAUAUAAUACUCAAGGAGCUCAUUAAUUAAACAAUUUGGAAUUCAUGACCACAAUUUUUUGCUUGUCAUUAGUUGUCUUUGUUUAAUAAUUAUUAUACAAAUACCAUUAUAAAACUGUACUUUUCACGAUUAUUUAUAAUUUACUAUUAAUUUAUUCUUCAUUAUUGACUAUUCUGCAUUAUUCCACCCUUGAUAUUACAUAUUCUACUUGCUAUCUAUUGUUAUUCAUUUAUUUAUUAUUGUAUUACACAUAUAAUUUGUGCUAUUAUAAAUCUAUUAUAUCAGUUAUGUUAUUGUGCUGUUGUACUUGCUUUUAAUAUUAUUCACUUUACUACAACUUGUACUACACAUACAUUUUAAUGUUACAUAUCACUUUUACUAUAUUUUUACUGUGCAUCAGUGCAUAUUAGUAACUGUAAGUUUUACUGGAUCCAUAAAGAAUUAUCAGUUAUAUUUGUUAUUGCUUGUAGAGUUUUUAUCUGUAGCCUAUAGAGUGCUAUGAAAAUAGAAAGCAGACUACCAGUGUGUCCCUUUUUGAUUUGUAUUCGCUGGUUUUAUUACAUUUUCUCAAUGAUGGUAAAUUAUUAGUACUUAAAGAUGUAUUAUUUCGAUUUUUUCCCCCCUCAGUAUUUCAAAGGGAACGAGCUGUGUUUUGACCUGAAGCACGAGAAAAGCUCAAAUGUUGGGGUUGAAGACAGAGAAACUUAAUUUCAUUUAGUACAUUAAAAUUACAUUACAAGUAUAUGUCACAGUUAUACUACAUCAAUAUUAGAAUUGUUAACCGAAAAAAAUCAACCAAAUCAACAAGAGUGUGAGCUUUUACAAUUUCUUAAGAAAAUUAUUAAUUUUCCAAGCCUAACUGAAUAACUAGAGGCAGAGUUAUUUUUAACUCCAUGUAGAUCACAAACCACUGAAAUUGGUUGAUAAAUGUAAACGUUAUCGUGUUUUUAUCCCGAAAAAACCGCAGCUCCCCCGUUUACCUCCAUUUGUUUUUAAGGCAGUCUUGCCCUCACAAACAUGGCGGACGUGUUGACGUAUCGCAGCAACGGACCGAAGCGGCCAAUGAGGCGUCUAGGUAUUUAUAUGUCUAUGGUUGUAACUAUCCAUUUUAUUCUUCCCGCGAUUAGCUCACUCUGGCUAACUCACACCACAGCAUUAAUGGUUUCGGUUUGUCUCCAUGGCAACGACCUGGGACAAACGCUUGUGUAGAGGAAGAGAGAGAGAGAGAGAGCGCACGCGCUCUGACAACAGAAAACGUAACAUUUUAAUGUUAAAUUCAAAUCUAAUGAUAUUAGCUUAGUUAUCAGCCACACAGUAACUUUAACACAUAGAGCUUAUUCUGUGUAUGUAAAAAAAUUAAAAUAAAUUUUAAAAAAGCAGGCGAGUCUGCCGGCCCGAUUUAUGAGCGGGGCAGAGCGGCCCACCGGUUCUCCCGAUGGCCACCCCGGGCCUGGCCCUGAACACCUGGUGGCAGCACGGGUUACUUGUAACUUGCCUGUCAACAUACACCUGCACCUAGAGGUGUGUGAAAACUGUUCUCUUCCCACUUUUCUCUGAUCCAACAGAUCUGCAGAGGAUGCUGUCAACAUCAUUCCUGAAUCAAUCAGUGAAUUAAAGCAAUCUGUUGAAUGAAUGACUUAAGGCAGCAAAAAGUGGUUUAUGUCCAUCUUACUGGUCCUUUUGGUUUCAUAUAUAAUGUAGCAUUUGUUUUUGUUUUUUAAAUCAAUUAAAAUUGUUAUAUUCAAAAUUUAUUUUCAAAUAUAUCACAUAACCUGAGAACACACACUGUAUUGAUUUGCACUGACCCUGAUCUGGCUUGAAUUUGUUCCUGUCAGUAUGUAUGCUUUGUAUUAAAUUGUUUAAAUAUGUGUCAACACCAGAAGGAGCAGUCCAAAGCCAAGUCUGUGUUCCUGCCAAAAUGUGUUUCCCAAUCUUUAGAGAUUUUAUUCCUUACUACCGUUGCCUUUUGAAUUAGAACAAAAAUAAUGUACAAAAUGUAUUUGAAAAAAGGGCUGCUGCUUCAAUUUCAUAACUGCUCUUGAUAAAGUAGUAUUUUUAAAUGGCUUUUUUUUAAUUGGACAAAAACACUAUCCGCCUCAAAUGAGCACAUUUUUAGAAUUUCUGAGCAUCUUGACAUUUCCAUACAGCAUACCAAAAUUCACAUAAAAAUAGGUAGAUGGCAACACAGCUAGUGACUGAACGCUUAUGUGACAGGAACACAGUACACACACACACACACACACACACACAGCAAUUGUUUUUGUGCUAAAUUUAAAAGGAAUAUAAUGGUUUUGUCACUUUAAAUGGUUCACUUUAUUCAAAACUGAUUAUUUUUUGUUCCUCAAAGUUCUUGUAUAAAUUGGCAGUGUGGGUCUUAUUUAAGCAAAUUACUUCACACUGUUACAUCUAUCCCCGGCCUGUGUUACAACUCACACCAGUAGUAACAACGGAACUCUUUGUAUUUGACAUUAACUCACACAAUUUAUUUGUAGUAGACAAAUGUGGCUAUCUAGCACAAACAACCACUGAUUCUACUGAUACUCAAACAAAAAGUGUCACUAUCAGUCUCCCCUAAUCCCUGUAAAAGUAUAUGUGCAUUAAAUAUGAGACAGUGUGCAAGAGUUUCACUAUUGGGAAAAUGUAAGGUUUACUGUCUUUGUCUAUUAUUUGAGUUGUAUUCAACUCAUGUUUAACAUUGAUUUGCUCAGGGAAUGUGAGGGAAAAUGUAC